AUGGAUAAAAUACAUCAAACAAAAACUGACAGGCAAUCAUGGUCAAAAAAUGAUAUGAAAAAAGCACUCCAUAAAAUAAAACGUCAUGGGAUGAGUGUUAAUGCAGCUUCAAAAGCAUAUCGAAUUCCAGAAGACACUCUUAAAAGAUAUGUUGAGAAAUAUCUUCAUGAGAACAAAUAUGCUUUCUCAGACGAACAAUUGAACCAACUGAAAGAAUAUAUCUUGGAUAUAGAUAAACGGGCAUUUGGUUUAACCAGAGAUCAAUUCAGAAAAAUUGCUUUCGACUUUGCUGUUUCUUGUGGACUUGCAUUGAGAUCCAAAACUACUAAAGGACUGAUUGGAAAUAAUUUUGCAGAAACUUUUCUCAGAAGAUUCAAUAUAUCUUUACGAAAACCAGAAGUAACUUCCGCAGCUAGGUUAAUGGCUUUUAAGAAAGAGAACGUAGAAGCCUUCUUUAAGAUAUAUGAAGAUCUUCAUCGAAAAUAUUCAUUUUUGGUUACUAAGAUUUAUAAUAUCGAUAAAAUUGACUUUCUAACAAUACCUACUAAAGAAUCUAGAGUUUUAACUCCAAGAGGCCAUCGUAGAGUGGUCAAGAUUUCUUUAGCAAAAAGGGGAGUUAGCAUAACUGCUGUUUGUGGCAUGAAUCCUAUUGGAGACUUCAUACCACCGUUCCUGAUAUUUCCAAGAGUGAAGACGACGCGGUCUCUAAAAAAUGGGGCCCCAGAAGGAACCACUGCAGUAGCUCAUGCAUGUGGGAGGAUGACGUCUAAAAUUUUUUUCAAAUAUUUAGAACAUUUCAAAAAAUACGCUCGUCCAAGCGAGAUAAAUCCCGUUUUAUUAUUAAUGAACAAUCAUACAAAAUACAUUUCGUUGGAUGUCAUCAAACUGUGUGAGGAAAAUCAUAUCAUUCUGCUUGGUUUUCCACCACAUACCAGUCAUCUCAUUCAACCUCUAGAUGUGUCAAUAUAUGGACCCCUCAAAACAGCAUAUUUACAAGCUUGCGAAGAUUUUUUAACACACAAUCGCGUUCGUGUCAUAACAUUAUAUGACUUUUCAUCUCUCUUUAGAAAAGCAUACUUGGAAACAGCAACUGUAUCAAAUGCUCUGAGGGGUUUCACAGAUACAGGCUUAUAUCCAAUUGAUAGCCAAGCGUUUGACUAUCUUGAUUUUGAGGCAUCUUCGAUAACAGAACGAGAUCAACCUAUUUCAACUGUUUUCGAAGAGGUAGAAUUCGUAGUAAUGACAGAACCAGAAACUCAAAAUUCUGGUUUGAAAGAUACAAGAACAGAAGAGUCUGCUCUGCCUAUUCCAUUUACAUCGAAAAUAUCUGAACUUACACCCCCCUAUGAACCAGAUAAUAUAUUUGAUAAUACCAGUACGCCAGUGUCGAUGGACGUUGAAGAAGAAGAAGCCAUCAAAAUUUCAACUGUUUUCGAAGAGGUAGAAUUCACAGUAAUGACAGGACCAGAAACUCAAAAUUCUGGUUUGAAAGAUACAAGAACAGAAGAGUCUGCUCUGCCUAUUCCAUCUACAUCGAAAAUAUCUGAACAUACACCCCCCUAUGAACCAGAUAAUAUAUUUGAUAAUACCAGAACACCAGUGUCGAUGGACGUUGAAGAAGAAGAAGCCAUCAAAAUUGAGAAGGAGAGGAGAAGUAAAUUACGAGAUAUGAACAAAAAUGAGAGAUUAGAAAAAAGCAUAGAAGCACAGAAAGUAAAACAAAAAACAGUUAUAAAAAAAAUAGAAUUCUACGACUCUUCUGACUCCUCAAUAGAUCUAGAAUAUACUGACUUUGUUUAUGAUACAGAUGAUGGAAGAACCUGCAUUAUAUGCAGCAAACGCGGAAAAGAUGAGAUAUGGUUUUGCUGCUUCGAAUGUAAGGGGUAUGCUCAUGCAGAGUGCACCGGAAUGGACACUGAAAAGGCGAAAAUGAAGAAAUGGUAUUGUGAUCGAUGUCUGUAA